CAGGAUUCGCUGUGCUGGACAUAUCUAAAACCAAAAUGUAUGACUAUCAUUACAACGUUAUGAAGAAACAUUAUAAAGAUAAAAUCAAGCUAAUGUACACUGACACAGAUUCACUAGUGUAUCAUAUCAAUACCGAUGAUUUCUACAAAGACUUGAUUGAGAAUCCCAACUUGAUGGAUAGAUUAGACACGGCGGACUUGCCUCCUAUCCAUCCGUGCUACACUACAGCUAGGAAGAAGGUGCCCGGGUUUUUCUCUGAUGAAGCAAAAGGACAUAUAAUGACAGAGUUUUGUGCACUACGUGCAAAAUCAUACGCGUACAACAUAUAUACAGGAGAAGAGGAUGUGGUGAGAGAGCAGAUCAAGGCAAAGGGUAUCAGACAGCAUGUGGUUAAAAACCACAUGACUCUUGAAGAUCAUGUUAAGUGUUUGUUUGGAGAAGCUGGCGUGGAGGCGUAUAAGGAGAAUGUAUCUAUUCGCUCAUUCAAACACAAGUUGAUGACGAUAAAGACCAUGAAGCUGACCUAUAACAGUUAUGAUGACAAAAGAGUGGUACUAGAUGAUAAAAUACAUACACUGGCUCACGGUCACUUUCCCUAUAAAUCAUAA